UCUGGCUGGUAGUUCCUUGACCUGGCCCUAUCUGCUGGGUGAAUUCUACCAAAAAAUGGAACUCAGCAGGUUUCUGUCCCAUCUGAUACUGUCUGCCAUUCUCCAUCAAGUGAGCCCCUCGAGUGUGAGCCCCUCUGUGUUGGAAAUUGAGGACAAGGUGCUUUUGCAAUGCAAUUCCAGUGUCAUGUGGCUAGAAGGCACAGUGGGAACAGAGUUAGCAGUCAAUAAAAAUCUGGACUUGGGAAAACGCAUCCUGGACCCACGAGGAAUGUAUAUGUGUAAAGGGAAUGACACGAAGAAGUCCACUGUGCAAAUAUAUUAUCGAAUGUGCCAGAACUGUGUGGAGCUGCACCCAGGCACCCUGGCUGGCAUCAUCGUUGCUGACAUUAUUGCCACUCUGCUCCUUGCUUUGGGAGUCUACUGCUUUAUAGGCCAUGAGACUGGAAGGCUCUCUGGAGCUGUGGACACUCAAACUCUACUGAGGAACGAGCAGCUCUAUCAGCCUCUCCGAGAUCAUGAUGAUGGUCAGUACAGCCGUCUUGGAGGAAACUGGGCUUCGAACAAGUGACCCUGAGACCCAGUGGCUUCUAGAAGCAUCACUAUCAACUGUGCCUUCUCUCUUUGCUCAGCCAAUAAA